CGUACGUAUCCAGCGGGUCCAGUUACCAAACUCUACGUGCGGAGGAGCCUUUAGUUUUGGACCAUGCAAACACAUCGAUCUCGAGCUAUAAAUACCACAGCUCAUGAAUUUCACACCACCACGGACACAACACAAACCAACCAAGUAUACCUGAACUGAGCUAGGCAAGCAUCUCGAAGAUGGCUACCACCAAGCAUUUGGCCAUUGCCGUUCUUGUCCUCCUUAGCAUAGGCACGAGCACAAGCGCUCGAAUCCUCCUGGGUUACGGUCCUGGCGGAGGAGGCGGUGGCGGUGGCAGCGGCGGGGGUGGUGGUAGUGGCUAUGGUGGAUCAGGGUCUGGUUCUGGGUAUGGCGAAGGUGGUGGAAGUGGAGGAGGUAUUAGUGGUGGUGGAUACGGCCAUGGAGGUGGCGGUGGAGGCGGGGGUGGUGAGGGCGGAGGCGCCGGUUCUGGGUACGGAUCUGGGGAGGGAUCCGGCUACGGGGGCGGCGCCGGUGGGUACGGUGGCGGCAGUGGCGGAGGAGGUGGUGGCGGCCAAGGUGGCGGUGGUGCAGGCUAUGGGCAUGGGUCCGGUGAGGGUUCUGGCUAUGGCGGUGGUGCUAGUGGAGGCGGUGGCGGUCACGGAGGUGGUGGCGGUGGCGGCCAAGGUGGUGGGUCUGGCGGGGGCUCAGGCUACGGCUCCGGGUCUGGCAGUGGGUAUGGCCAGGGUGGCGCAUAUGGUGGAGGGUAUGGAAGCGGCGGCGGCGGUGGCGGAGGAGGUGGCCAAGGUGGAGGCUCUGGCUAUGGUUCCGGGUCUGGCUCUGGAUACGGUUACGGUUCCGGCGGUGGUUUCGGAAAUGGACACCACUGAUGCCACUUCCAUGGAAAGCUCAAGUGUUCGAGAGAAUAUAGUAAAAUCUCUUCCGUGAGUGACAGUGAUGGGUUUGUUCGUCACUGAUAUAUAUAUAUAUAUACUUACUGAAGGUGCAAGUUUCAGUAUAUGUAAUUAAUAUUGUACUGUGGUGGCAGUUGCUGCUUCACCUAUUUGACCAAGUCCAGUAAAUAAGCGAUCUUUACAAAGAGAUCAUACUCUUGUAUCCAUUAAUUUCUACAACCCCAAUGAUUAUAUACAGUUCAUGAUGGA